CGGUGCUCGGUAGCGGUUCUCGGUGAGAUUUCCAUAGCCCGUGAUAGUCUUCGUGAGGACUAAUUUUCUUUAUUAAAUUGAUUUGAUGUAUAAUGUUCUUACAUGAAGUGAGCGGUGAGGAGAUGCUGUGGAGGAUUAUCCUGGUGCGCAAAGGGGAGUCUCCAUCGCGCUCCUCACAGAGCGUAAACUGGAUAUGAAGCCAGGGCUCCAGGGGUGUUUCCAUUUUCAUGUAAUUUGGAAGUUAUUCAAUUAUUCUCUAAUUUAAAACAAAGUAAAACCUCAUAGAUGACAUUUCUCUGCGCGACUUCAUGGAUUUGGUUCGCUGAGGACCAUAUAAAGAACAGACAUGGCAGUGCCAAAUAUGGUGUUUUCUGACGUGGAAACUUUUCUGGACUCUCAUCCCGAGUUAUUCGAGGACUACCUGAACAGAAAGGGGAAAUAUAGCAUGGUGGAGAAAUGGCUCAAGAAUCACCAGGCGUGCAAAAGUCCGGCGGCUGCAGCUCCCACCGAGCCGAGAGAGGAGAAGAACAGUGCGCACAAGGACAGCUGGGCGAGCAAAUGUGACGGUCUGCAGAGGAGAGCCUCGCAGAGGGAGCUGCGCAAAACUUUCGCCAGAUCAAAGGCCAUUAAUGUGAACAGGACAUACGAUGAACAUGUGAACUCCAGGGCACAGGAGCCCCUGACCAGCAUGAGGAGGAGAGCCCUGCUGAGGAAAGCGAGCUCUCUGCCCCCGACCACUGCGCACAUACUGAGCGCACUGCUGGAGUCCAGAGUCAACAUCCCCCAGUACCCGUCCACAGCCGUGGAUUUUAAAUAUUACCUCAAAGAACACAACGAGAGAGCCUUUUUCCUGGAGCUUGUGAAAGACAUAUCGAACGACUUGGAUCUAACGAGUCUUAGUUACAAAAUCCUUGUGUUUGUUUGUAUUAUGGUGGAUGCAGACCGGUGCUCCUUGUUUUUAGUGGAGGGAACCGGAAACAAGCAGACACUUGUGUCCAAAUUCUUUGAUGUGCACGCGGGCACCACAGUUUUACCCUCCAUGAAUUCAGAUGAAGUGCAAGUGCCAUGGGGUAAAGGCAUCAUAGGAUAUGUGGCUGAACACGGAGAGACAGUGAACAUUCCUGACGCAUAUCAGGAUCGCCGGUUCAGUGAUGAAAUCGACAAGCUGACAGGGUACAAAACCAAGUCCCUCCUCUGCAUGCCCAUUCGCAACAGUGAUGGCGAGAUCAUUGGAGUUGCUCAGGCCAUCAACAAGUCUUCAAGUGGACGACUCUUCUCUGAAGAUGAUGAAAAGGUGCUGCAGAUGUACCUGCCAUUCUGCGGUAUCGCGAUCUCCAACGCCCAACUCUUCGCCGCCUCAAGGAAGGAGUAUGACAGGAGUCGGGCACUCUUGGAGGUAGUCAAUGACCUGUUUGAGGAGCAGACUGACCUGGAGAAGAUUGUCAGGAAAAUCAUGCACCGUGCCCAGACAUUGCUAAAGUGUGAGCGCUGCUCUGUUCAGUUGCUGGAGGACAUUGAAUCACCGGUUGUGAAGUUCACCAAGUCGUUUGAGCUCCUGUCCCCUAAGUGUAGUGCGGACACAGAAAGCAGUUUCAAAGACAGUAUGGAGAAAUCCUCCUACUCAGACUGGCUCAUCAACAACAGCAUUGCAGAGCUGGUUGCAUCCACAGGACUCCCCGUGAACAUCAGUGAUGCCUAUCAGGAUCCUCGCUUUGAUGCUGAGGCAGACCAGUUCUCGGACUUCCACAUCCGCUCUGUACUUUGUGUGCCCAUAUGGAACAGCAACCACCAAAUCAUUGGUGUUGCCCAAGUGCUGAACAGGCUGGAUGGGAAACCAUUCGAUGACGCAGACCAGCGUCUCUUUGAGGCAUUUGUGAUCUUCUGUGGGCUCGGCAUCAACAACACCAUCAUGUACGACCAGGUGAAGAAGUCUUGGGCCAAGCAGUCUGUAGCUUUAGAUGUGCUGUCUUACCAUGCCACUUGUUCCAAGACGGAAGUUGAUAAAUUCAAGGCUGCUAACAUCCCUCUGGUUUGCGAGCUGGGCAUCGACAUGCUCUCCUUUGACGAUUUCUCUCUGGACGUCGACGCCAUGAUAACGGCCGCUCUGAGGAUGUUCAUGGAGUUGGGAAUGGUGCAGAAAUUUAAGAUUGACUAUGAGACGUUGUGCAGAUGGCUGCUGACUGUCAGGAAAAACUACAGAAUGGUUCUCUAUCACAACUGGAGACAUGCCUUCAAUGUCUGCCAGUGCAUGUUUGCCAUGCUAACGACGGCGGGUUUCCAGGAGACUCUGACUGAGGUAGAGAUCUUAGCGCUUAUUGUGGGUUGUGUGUGCCAUGACUUGGACCACCGGGGCACCAACAACGCGUUUCAGGCCAAGACGGGCUCAGCCCUUGCUCUGCUUUAUGGGACCUCUGCUACGCUGGAGCACCACCACUUCAACCACGCUGUUAUGAUCCUGCAGAGCGAGGGUCACAAUAUCUUCUCCAACCUGUCGUCCACAGAGUACAGUGAUCUCAUGCAGCUGUUGAAACAGUCCAUUCUGGCCACAGACCUCACGCUUUACUUUGAGAACAGAAACAUCUUUUUUGAGCUGGUCAGCAAUGGAGAGUACAACUGGAAUGUGAAGGGUCAUAGAGACAUGUGCAGAUCCAUGAUGAUGACAGCGUGUGAUCUUGGUGCUGUCACUAAACCCUGGGACAUAUCCCGCAAGGUGGCUGAGUUGGUGACCAGCGAGUUCUUUGAGCAGGGCGACAGAGAGAGAUCGGAGCUGAAGCUCACACCCUCAGCCAUCUUUGAUCGAAACAGGAAGGAUGAAUUGCCCGGGCUGCAACUAGAGUGGAUUGACGGAAUUUGCGCGCCGCUCUACGAGACCCUCGUCAAAUUGAAUCCCAAACUUCAGCCGAUGCUUGACAUGAUCCAAGCUAACAGGGCCAAUUGGGAGGAACUCAACAAGAAGAGACAACAUGGCCAGAGCGCCUCUGCACCACCGAGCCCCUGCAGUGGUGACAGCACAGAUUCAAGCGGCUGCACGCCGUGUUGUAGCAGUGAUGCUAAUAGCAAACCAUCCAAACCUGUUGGCUAGCUUCUGAUGCAAUCUGCAAGCUGAUCUCAUUAGCUUAUUUAUUCUGCAGGCCUGCAACAGAGGCCGCACGGUGCAUGCAGAGGCACUUGGGCUCUGCUUCUCUUUGCUUUUGCUACGAGAGCUGAGCUUUAGACUUGAGUGUUGUCAAGGUUUUCCUGCUUCCUUCAGUCUUCCCAUGCUGAAGACUGACAGAGCUGGGUUAGGCAAACUUGGCGGAGCAGUGACACAUCAGCUGAUGACACUAUGUCAGAAAGGAAACUCAAACCACUGUGUCAACAAGUCAACCAGUGAGCUAACACAAACUGUUCUGGGCAUUGCACACAUUUUCAGCACAAAGGCAUGGAGUAUAUUGGAGAGGAAUGUUUGUCUCUUUUGUGGUCUGUUUUUGCUCUGGUACCUCCUUGUUGCCUGCAUUUUGUCCUGGGUAACAGAAAUAUUUUUUGUAAAUCUGUACAAAGCUUUUGAGUUAUUUCAAAGUGCUGUUUGAAAACUAUGUGAGCUCUGAUGUGUUCUGUGGCUGUACAGUUUCUGAAGGAUAAAGAGGUGCAGGAACAUCAGGACCUGUGACAGUGCUUGCGAUGCAAAUUGAGCGCUCCUUUCCCUCCCUUCCUGUGCCUUGUUUCGAGAUCCUGAUGAAAAAUGCAUGAACACCUCACCAAGAUUCUUAGGAAGUAUAAAUCCAUGUUGAACCAUGACAUAUUUUUGCCAUAUUUGUUAAACUAAUGACUGCAGUUAGGUCUUGACCCCAUGAAAGACACAAAGCAUUAUCAUUAAAUACUGAAAGAAAUCUAUUUUGCCCAAUUUUAUAAAUGCAGGGUCUCACCGCUCACACACACACACACACGCAUGCACACGCACACGCACACACGCACACACACACACACACACGCGCACACACACACACACACACGCACACACACACACAAUGUGCCUUGAAGUAAUUCUGAUACCACAUCAUUUCUAAGCCUCACAUAAACUCCUCACUAAACUACAUUUAAAAAAUAAAAGUUUGACAUUUAAAGAAAUACAAUGUACUUGCUUUCUGGUCAAAGUGAGUUCAUUUUUGUACCUUAUCUUUCUAAAGUAUAAAGCAAGCUAACAGUUAGCCUAGCUCAUCACAUAGUGUAAAAAUAGGGAGAAACAGCUAGCCAGACUAUUAAUAAAUGAACCUGAUUGGCUCGCCCUUUCCACCUGUUUCUAGUCUUUUGUGAAGCUAAACUGGAGUUUCAUUGAAGGACAACUACCUAGACGAACUGAAUAAUUCUUAUGGAAGAAAAAGUACACAAAACUCUUUCCUAAAAUGUCAGACUUUUAUUUUAGACGUAGCCUGGGGCUUUUCUCAAAGCUCACAAAUGCCACGCUAACAGCUUUGAAAAUCUCCAAAACAAGACAGAAACCCUCAAACUUGUUCUACUGAAGUGCCCAUGUUGUCACAUGCUGUUAUUCUGUUAUUAUUCUAGAAGUAUUAUUUGAUUGGGUGGGGUAUGCCUUGAGUUGUGUUGAAGCUUUGUUCAGUUUAAAAUGUGACUGCACAUUGUGUGGCAUGGUGUGCUCCGCUGUCUUUUAGUUUCAGAGCUGAAUUGAAGUCGACCAGAGACAUUAUGAAUUUUGCAUGUUUUAUGCAGUAUUAGAUCCAAACACUUGCUAAGGAUGUAGCAAACAUGUGGGCCAACAAAUACCUCAUAUUUUUGAACUUCCUCAGUAAACACGUGACGUCGUCAUCUGAAAUGCAUGAUUUAAACUCUAUUGCAUCAUGUUAGGUGAAUUAUGAAUAUCGCUGUUCUAUUUUUCUAUUUGGUCUCCAACUUCUACUUGUCUUUUUUGCUAUGUAACAUGCUCCUUGUAGGCUACUUCUUCCCUCUUCCAUGAUGGACUCUUACAUUUAUUUAUGGCAGGCUAAACUGAAGGAAAGCUACGGCAUGAAAAGGCUAAUGUGCGAUAUUUCUGUUCCGAGUUUGAAUAAAAUAUGCUGCUAUCUG